GGGUGCCUGAAUGGUAAUUCCAUCGAAGAAGGACAAGUUUUUUUUAUAUAGCGAUAAGGAGACGUGAAGGGCUGUCGAAGAAUGAUUGAUCGAUGUCUGAACAUUGUGAAGGCAUGAUGGCAUGUGGUAGACAAAGCUUGUCCCGUCUUUCAGCUGGAAUAGCAAGGACGUCUAAAGCUGUUUUCUUCAAUCGCUACGUCGUUCAGGCGGCAGUGGUCGGGCUCUUCUUAGGCAGAUCGGUUAUGUCCGUGUCGGCGCAGGGUGCGAGUGAGAGCGACAACAACACGGGGACUGAUGAGUUUGGGACGCCGAGCAAGGUAAAGGAAGCGGUGAAGUUCUUCGAAGAGGAAUUGGAGAGGCAGGUUAAAGCGAAAGAGGUGCUCGAUCGAUUCAAGCUGCGACGACUAUCUUUACCGACCAACUUCUCGACCGGAGAUCUGAACAACGUGCGAUCGACGGCCGGCGGGUCUGCCGCCGGCGGGAGGGGAUCUGACGACCUCUCGCUCGUUAGAUUACGUUCCAGUUUUCCUGAUAUCCGUGUGUCCCAGCUGCUGGUGGGUGAUAGAGACGACCUGUUACUUCGUGCACGGCUUCGAACGAGUUUUUGGGGAGUACCUCUGGCGCAGCUGCACGCCGACGCAGCUGCGAAGGCCUCAGCCAUGGCCGCGGCUAGAAGGGCUCAGAAUGGGCUGAUUGAACAAAUAACGGCGGCCGGGGGUGAUGAGAGUAGUUCUGCAGUGUCUGCUGCUGCGCAGACGGCAGUGUCUGCUGCUGCGCAGACGGCAGUAUCUGCAGCAGCAGCAGCAGCGACUGGAGGCGCUGCUGUACAGACAGUAGAAGCAGCGGCGGCAGCAGCAGCAGCAGCAGCAACAGAGACAGCAGCUGUUGUUGAUCCCAUUCAAGUUUGCGCCUGGAAAGAUUCCGAUUCGGCGGAUUCUGAUUCCUCGGAGAAUGAGGGUGAGGAUGCUGCCCUCGAGAUAAGUGGACGGGACAUGGAGCUGCCUCCUUGCCUGGCGUCCACGUCGCCGGACAUAGCCGUUCGAUUUGCCCCCGCGGCGAGUUCAGGGGUGCAGAAAAGUCUUCCGAAAGAGGAAAAUCGUGACAAGGGCGAGCAUGAUAUCCGUCCUCGAUCGCUAGAUCCUGCUUUCGUAGGGUGGGGUAGAGCAAUAGCAGAAGGCCUGUUUGCGAAGAAAGGGGGAGGAGAGGACGUCGCUACCCGUGUGACGUCGGAUUGCCCGGCCAUAGACAGCUGCGAAGGCGACGACCUUUCGAUGCAGCACCAACGGCGCCCAUCUUCUGCACGACGCGCUAGCGAAGAAGACUCUUCGAUGCAACAACGGCGGCCAGCUUCUGCACGACGCGCUAGCGCCGCUGAUAAGCUAUUGGAUAUGCGGGCUCCAUUAAGCCCCUUGUUCAUCAGGAGGGGCAAAGACGCAGAGCAAGGGAGGAUAAAAGAAAGGGAGGACGAGGUAGAGGAGGGACAGGGAGAGCGCGAUGGAGAGCUAGGCGGAGGUAAAGCGGGCGGAUAUCCUUCCGCUCCUGCUUUCGCGGAUGAGGACUUUUCCCUACUCUUUUGCGGAUCUGGGCAGCCGGAAUUGGCUGCUGCGCGUGAUACUAACUCCGCCGCCGUCGAAGUCGUCGGUGGGGAGAAUGACCUCAUCUCGGUGGACUCUCCUUCGGAAUACCAUGACAGCUUAUCGAUGAGCGCGUUCGUUUCGCCGCGUAGCACGGUCGGCAUCCCUCCUGUCACGAACAUGUCGUUCUUCUCGAUGCUUGAUGCGCAGUCCGCUUUCACCGCAAAGUUUUCUAAGAGUUCGUCAGCUGUCGAUGACGACGGGGAUUUCGCUACUCCGUCAAAGAACUUGGGUGGCAAGUGUCUCGGCGACGAUGAAGACAAUGAUGCGGCAUCGUCGUCUGGUCGUGCUCCAGUCAAGACGAUACAGUCCAAGAGUACCUCCGUGGAGGUCCAGCCUUGCUCCCCCCACGAGAGCAUUGAUUGGGAGAAAGAUAGCGAAAUGCUAUCGACCCGAUCCGUCCAAUCGCCUUGGCCGUCUGUCAACGCUGACUCGGCUCUUGGAAACUGCCACGUGGACGCUCUGUCGUUGGAGCGGGAGCAGGACUAUUCUGCGCCACCCGCGCACGAAGGUCACAUCUUUAGCGACGGUGCAGAGUACUCGCCACGUCAUAGGUCCGGGGGUAAGCGAAAGGAUGGGCCAAAAUUCCAUCUGUUCGAGAACGAGUUUCUCGGCAACGAGUUUUCACGAGAUGAAAGUCUGUCUCCCAAUUUGUUGCCCACGGCAUCGACCAGGUUCUUCCCCCCGACCGCAAGCAGCGAGAGCAGACAAGGAACACGACCUCCGGCGUCCGCAAGCUCUGGCGUGGUCGCGGAAGGCCUUGAGCAGACGGAUGGGGCCGCUGGCACCGGGAGGUCCACUCCGAUGAGAGAUUGUCCGCAUUCUCAGCGUCAAGAGGACUCGAUUCGUCCGGCGGCUGUCCUGGAUGGCAGCGUUGGGAUCGGGCGCGAGGCACGAUCGUACAACGAUUGGAACGAGCUACCAGAGCCUGCGGAGGAGCGAGCUGUGGGCUCUGUUUCGAGCAAUACGAGUUGCAGUUCGAGUGGCAGCUGCGGUAGCAGCAAUGCCAUCUGUAUUGGUCGCUCUUCUGGCGAUGUGUCGUCGCAUAGAAGCUGCCUGUCGUUUACCUCGGACGCGCUUCAGGUGACACAAAGCGGGAAUUUGGAGUUCGUUGUGCCUAACUUCCACCGUACAGGUCACAGUUCUGCGGUUUCCAUGCAGCUGGAGAUGGUCGACGAGGACGAGAUGAUGUCACUGGCCGUUAUGAACGAAAAGGGGAAGACGGUUGCUAGGUCGGAGGUGGGAUCGACCGUCCAUGGCGUGGAUGCCCUCGAUGACAUGGGCGACAGCGAGGAGGUGAAUCCUUACAGUGGGAGGACCGCUGAGAAGUCUCCAUCUGAUGUCGUCGUGCGUAGUGACGAGAAAGAGGAGGAGAAGAGUCCUGAUGGGAAGGGAGCACAUGAGGAGAAAGAAAGCAGGAAGGAGGAGGAGGAGGAGGAGGAAGAGAGAAGGAAGGAAAAGGAAAGCAAAUGGGAGCAGCAAAGUGCGCUCACCAAUCCGGAAUCCAUGGCUGACGUCCAGUGGAUGUCCACGAACGCAGGUACUGCACAGGAGGGCGUUGGGAAAUGUCAUAAUUUGCUUUAUACGGUCGAAGAGGAGGAUAUACCGAAAAGCGGUGUAAUGAUUCUGGCCAACGAGAUCGAGGUGAAGGAAAUGGACGAUGAUCUCAUGCAAGAGGAUAUGGCUGUUGUACUCAACCAGGCUGCGGUUCUGAUUGAAGAGCGUGCUAGCAGCUUAUACGAGGAGAAAGACUUGGCACCGGAGGGGGAGGACUGCAGCGGCUUGAUUCAUUUUGCAACGACACCGAACAGACGGGCUUCUGGUAGCGCUGUGGAUCUCGGGUUUCCUCGCUCGGGGAUGACUUCGUCAACGCCUCCGACCAGUCCUUUGCUCCUCCUUAGCUCUCCUGUGCGCGCCUACCAGCCAUCACCCGCUAGACCCUUGUCAUCCUUUUCCUCGUCCUCCGCCUCGGAAGCGACGUCUGCACCCUCCUCGAUGAGGUCCUCCCGUCGUACACAGCCAACACGUUCGCCGUUGGCCUCUCCACUGCGGUGCACCGCCUCCUCGUCGGCCUAUCAAAACGCCAGCCCAAGACGAUGUUCCACCCCAUCGCUCACUGCCUCCCCUCGCCCUCGCACGAGCAUCACAUCUCCUACUGUUGGCCCGUCGUCCGGACUCGCGUCGCCGUUCAGCGUGCGCACGACGCUGCCGUCGCCCAUGCGAUCGUCCCCGACGCUCCGAUCUCCCACCUGCUCGUCUUCUGCCGACAUCCCGGUGAUGGAUAAACGAGUCGCAAUGGAUGAGGUCGUGAAACAGGAGGUAGCAUCCGGCCGCAAAGGCGGAAGAGAGAACAUGCAGGGGAACGAGGGCGUUACUAGGGGCAUGAACGAUGUGGUGGUGGUGGAGCACGUGGUGGCUGAAGAGAUGGCCUUGGGAGAGCUGGACGGGAACUCGAUGAGAGUGAGGGUGACGAGACACAAGGAGGGAGAAAGAAGAGGCGAUCACGGAGUCGAGAACAGGGGUAAAGUACUCAUGGUCGGCGUGAAGGAAGGGGGGGCUCAGAAAGGCGAAGGGGGCACUGUCUUAUCCAAGUCGUCUUCAAUCCGGCCUCCGCCGGUCAAAGUGCCACCAGCUCCGCAGCUGUUCGGAGAAGAGGACGAGCAAAAGCAACUCCUAGGAUCAGGGGGCAAACACCCGACAGUGCGCAAGCGGAUCGCCAAGAAAGCCGUGGAAAUGAAGCAUGCAAUGGAGUAUAUAUUGACUUUCGGACGUGUGAGCGGAUCGACUGCUUCGACCUACGUGUCUGGCAGGAAAGAUGGCCACGUCAGAACCUCUUCUGCCUGGUCAUCCUCCAAACUCGGCGACGAAGAAACGGAUUCAAGCUCCACGGCCGGGACUGGGAAGAUGUCGGAGGACCGCUCGGCGGGCAUGGAGGUGUCGUCAGCGAGGAGGGAGGAACCAGUGUCGCCGAUAUCUGAGGACGAAGGGGGGAAAGGCGAGGCUCCUCUGCCGGCCCCCGCCGCUGCAGAGGCUAGAAGUGCGGCGCCCGAAUCGCUGGCGAACGGGAUGGAUUCGCCACGAGCGAGGUCACUUUCAAACUCCCAAACGCAAGAAGGGAGUGACGAGACGUCGUCUACUGCUAAGACCUCCGGUGCAGCGUCGGUUGCUAGUAAAGCGACCGUCUCCCCGCGGGUGAGCUCAAGCGGAGGAAACAGCAAAAGUGAAACGGGUCUCUCAUCGCCGCAGGACACGGUUCAUGGCAAUAAGGAGUCGACAGAUCAUGAGAAGGAGAUGCAGCAGCCGGGCUGCACUCCCACCGAUGGCGCUAAUAAUGGUAACAAGGGGUGGGCUGCUUUGUGGCAGGGAGGAACUCUCAAACGGGUCUUUAAGUCAACGUCAAUGAAACGGUCUAAUAAGGCGUCGCCCACGCAUGAAUCUUUGCAUGGGCAAAUGCCGACGUCGCCGCCUGAAGGGAAUCAAAACGGUUCAGGCACUGAGGCAGGCUCUGCUUGGGAGAAGGAGACAAAGCAGACCGUAAGUAAGGACGUAAGCAAGGAGUCGAGGGAGAGCAGUCCGUCCGUUACGAAGGCAGGGGAGCAAGGGAAAGAUCCUUGGGAUAUGACGGAGAUGGCCCCGAUGAUGGGGAGCGAACAGAAGAAGGCAAUCGCACUAAGAUGGACGCUAUGUCAGUCCACUGAGCGAAGAAGCCAAAGUGUAGGUUGCUUCGGAGGCUGCCGAGGGCCCACUUGUUACAUGCCCACUUGCCAUAUGCCCAGGUACCAGCUGCCCAGAUUCAGGGGGUGUAUGUUUCCCGCUGCAAGGUCAACCCGUUCAGCUUGCAUGCAAGACGAGGCUGACAGACCGCUGCUGUGCUGGUCAGGGCGCAUCGUCGGUGGUAGGUCGAGGAGGGACGAGACGCAAGCGAAUGGGACCACUGCGGUUGGUUACCCUACCGUCGGUCCCACAGCUCAGGUUCGGUUCAUGAGCUGGCUGUCGUGUCGUAGCACAGGCGAGGAGCAGGAUUCGGAGAAGUGCAAUGCUGCAAGAGGAGAGCAGCAUGCGCGGCCAUGGGUGGGUGGCUUUUGCGGACUGCGGCAGAUACCGUUCAACUGGUGAAGGGCUGAAUUUCCUAAACCGUUUUUUCGGUGUUUCAGUUCUUGUUAGAUUUCAGUUAACCUCCUAUUGCGUCUUGUGGAAACUGUUCGUCUUUGGCGCUUAUCUUUUCCCUUUUCUCCUUUUUUUUUUUGUGGUUAUCAGUUUUUUGGAUUAAGUUAUUUCUCUGUUCCCUUCAAUGACGAACUCGUUACUCGUUGCUCGUUGACGAGGGCUUGAGCCGGACUCCAUCACCCCGAUGGGAAUUCAAACUUAACUUUCGUCCUGUAACGUAAGCAAUCGAUGAGUCUCGUGACAUGUCUAGGAUGGAAGGGAGGAAGAAGACAGCGAGUUUCUGAAGAACGCACGCACGAACGGAUGGCGGUGCUGGCAUGGAGGUCGGGUAAAUGGCAGCGAAAUUGUGUGCGCAUGAUUCUGGUACACGUCGUCCUGUAUACAUCUGUGCGCGUUCCCUGUUGCGAUGCUAGCAACAGCUUAUGGAUAAGUGUGUGGGGAGGAGGGCUCGAAGGAGUUCGAAAGGUGUGACUGAUGAGUCAAUCCCCGUCGAUUCCCAGCUUGAAAAUGUGAUAAAUUUGGCCGUUGUGUCGUUUUAAAGAAGUUCAGAGAAGGUGGAGAGAUCGGGUGGUCGUUGCAUUCAGAUCUCAAGAGUCAAGUCUCUCAGGCGAUCGUGGACACGACGAUGGCACCGUAUACUGCGAUCUCUUCAAAUGGAAAUGCCAGCCGCGACAGUUGUGCGUCCAUGGAUGGACAUAUGCAUACUAAGCUUGAGGAGAAGAUUGCGAAUAAGCAAUUGGAGAGGGAGACGCUGCGGGCAGAGAGAGAGAGAGAGAGAGAGAGAGAGAGAGAGAGAGAGAGAGAGAGAGAGAGAGAGAGAGAGAGAGAGGAAUAGGAGCAACCUGCCGAUCGGGAGCGUCGCCGUUGCGAAUCUAACGGGAAAGUCGGCAGGUGGACGAUAUCCGGAAUCCGGAUGACUGACGGCGACGGUGUAAAUAGAUAGCCAAAACGUGUCUGCGCAAGGGUUCUUGUUUCUAACGAAGUGUAGGGAAGGCGCAGUGAAAUCUGGACACGAUAUGUAAUCAAUAGAAAGGGUCGAGAUGAUGAAGGCGAGACCCCACAGAGGGAACUAAAGGCCGACGCAUGAUGUGGACGGGGAUGGGGAAGUCGGCAGGGAUGAACGGGAAAAUACUGUUGCUCCUUCCUUGGACUAGCGGAAGAUAGUGGUAUACACGAGUAACAUGACCACAUACCGUCGCGGGAGGCUCUAGGAUGUAGAAAAGAGAGUGAGGAGACUGGAAGAUAUCGGGGCUGAGAGAGAGAGAGAGAGAGAGAGAGAGAGAGAGAGAGAGAGAGAGAGAGAGAGAGAGAGAGAGAGAGAGAGAUGGGUUGAGUCGCCCAUGUCCACGGGCGCACACAAGAGCGUGUCCCAGUCGCCCUGUUUCUGCGGCCGAGUGUGUUUAGCAAAUACACGACACAGUAAACACAAGCAAGCGAG